GGCUUGUGUGUUAGAAUGUCUCGUGCCAAGAGCGCUCGCGGCUGUCACUCACUCUGCACGGCCUGACGCAUAUAUCACUGGCCAGCACGUUUAUCUUAAAUAUAAUGUGUACUCGCGUAUUAUUGUGACCAGAGGACUCUGAGACGUUUAAAGGAAAAGGUGGUUGUCGGUAUCAUUGCAGCCAUGCUGUCCAGACUAAGCACGAGUGUGAGGCCGUGUGUGAGCGUGUGCCGAUGGGUUCACACUAAAGAGAAGGGGAAACCGCUCAUGCUCAACCCACGUACCAACAAGGGCAUGGCUUUCACUCUGAAGGAGAGGCAGAUGUUGGGCAUUCAUGGUCUGUUACCACCAAAGAUCGAGACCCAGGACACCCAGGCCAUGCGUUUCCAGAAAAACCUGAAGAAGAUGUCUGACCCACUGCAGAAGUAUAUCUACCUAAUGGGGAUUCAGGAGAGGAACGAGCGUCUCUUCUACCGCGUGCUCAUGGAAGACAUCGAAGCUCUCAUGCCCAUUGUCUACACGCCAACUGUUGGCCUCGCGUGUACGCAGUAUGGACACAUCUUCAGGAGACCCAAAGGUCUGUUUAUCUCCAUUAAGGAUCAAGGACAUGUUCGUUCCAUAUUGGAUAACUGGCCAGAAACCACUGUCAAGGCUGUAGUGGUGACGGACGGUGAGCGUAUCCUGGGUCUGGGGGAUCUGGGAGUGUAUGGUAUGGGUAUUCCUGUAGGAAAGCUGUGUCUUUAUACGGCCUGCGCUGGAAUCCGGCCUGAGAGUUGCCUGCCGGUCUGCAUUGAUGUGGGCACGGAUAAUGAGAAGUUGCUGAGGGACCCGUUCUACAUGGGUCUGUAUCAGCGGCGUGACCGCUCUCAGCGCUACGACGAUCUCAUAGAUGAGUUCAUGGAGGCUGUGGUGGACAAGUACGGACAAGACACCCUCAUCCAGUUUGAGGACUUUGGCAAUCACAACGCUUUCCGGUUUUUGAAGAAAUACCGUGAAAAGUACUGCACCUUCAAUGAUGACAUCCAGGGCACUGCAUCAGUAGCUCUGGCGGGUUUACUGGCAGCUCAGCGUGUUGUAGGGAAGCCAAUAACCGAACACAAAGUUCUGUUUCUGGGGGCUGGGGAGGCAGCUCUGGGAAUUGCUAACCUGAUCGUCAUGGCGAUGAUGGAGUCGGGGGUGUCUCAGGCAGAUGCCAGAAAAAAGAUCUGGAUGUUUGACAAAUAUGGUCUGUUAGUAAAGGGCAGAGCUUAUGAGACGGAUAGUAAUCAGGAGGCUUUUGUUCACUCUGAUCCAGGGGACGUGAAAAGCUUCUUAGACGCAGUCAAUGUUAUUAAACCCACAGCGAUCAUCGGUGUGUCCGGGGCCGGCCGGCUCUUCACUCAUGAUGUCAUCAGAGCAAUGGGCAGCUUGAAUGAACGUCCGAUUAUAUUCGCCCUGAGCAACCCCACUGCCAAAGCAGAAUGUACAGCUGAAGAUGCGUACAGCCUCACACAGGGUCGGUGUUUGUUUGCCAGCGGCAGUCCAUUUGGACCGGUGUCACUAGAAGAUGGCAGAAUACUGACCCCUGGACAGGGCAACAAUGCUUAUAUAUUCCCAGGUGUAGCUCUGGCUGUUAUACUCAGUGGAGUCCGACACAUCAGUGAUACCGUCUUUCUUGAGGCCGCAAAGACUCUGGCGGAUCAGCUCACAGAUGAAGAGCUGAGUCAGGGCCGACUGUAUCCACCGCUGUCCAACAUCAGAGAGGUGUCACUACAGAUGGCUGUCAAGGUGGUGGAGUAUGUGUACUCAAAUGGGAUGGCGUUCCGAUACCCAGAGCCUGUGGAUAAGGAAGCGUACGUCAGAUCAAUUGUGUGGAACACCAACUACGAUUCAUUCGUGCCCGACAUGUACGACUGGCCCGGGGUUUCUCACAGCCCCAUUGUAGACUAGACGAGCACAUGAGAAAAUACCAGACGGAGAGAAACAGAACAAAAACAAGGAAGUCUGAAGGGAGUUUUCAUUCUUCUGUUUUAGGCACUCCUUUUUUGUGUGCAACUUCUAGUAUUUAUUCAUAUUUCUGGCCUGUUGUUUAAAUUGCAAUUUUUUUCAGAUGAAUUUUACAAAUUGUGCACAUGUCUAGGUCACAUUUCACUCCAGAAUCAAAAUAAAUAAAUGCAAAAUAAUAUUUUGCAUAAAGAAAAUUAAGCCUGUUUUUAAGAUCAUUAAGAUUUAGUUGCAUUUUGACAUUUUCAUCACAAUGAUGAAGCACUUUUUACCCAAAAUGCACUUACAAAUACUUUAUUCACAUUUUAAAGCAUUUACACAUCAUAGCAUUUUGUUGUAUUUUCUGCCAUUUUUAUUACUUAUUACUUUGAAUCUAAUAAUAAGAAUCCAUUGAGAAUAAUGGGAGUUAAAAAUGAGGUAUUAUAGUGCUAAAUUGUUAUGAAACUAAUGUCACAAUGCAAAGUAACUUAAUGGUCUAAUUAGGCUUCAUUUAAUUUAAGCAAAAUAUAUAUUUUUUUCCUUUAUUUUUUUACUCUGGCCAUUGCUCCUGUGUUGGGUUUAUUAUGUGCCUUGUCACUCCUCACAUUUGUUUUUAAAUGCUGCGUGCAAUGAAACCGUUUCUAAAAUGAAGUCACACUCCAUUUGUUCAUUA